AUGCAGCCUUUAGUAGACCCAAGUCCUCGGUAUGAGAUGAAGGUUCUUGCGCUGGGCUUGCCGCGAUCGGGGACACUCUCGAUAGCUAAGGCGCUCACCAUCCUAGGCUACCAAAACGUCCACCACACGCUGACGGACGCUGAUGAUGGCAAGGCAGCAUGGCAUGUCUUCAACCGCGCUGCCGAUGCGACCUUCCCUGUGCUACCAACAUAUAACGGGCAAGGCUUCAGUCGAGAGCAGUGGGACAAAGUAUACGGCUCUUGUGAAGCAGCAACUGAGGCCGCCGCCAUGUUUGGCCCGCACAUCUUCAGGGCUUAUCCAGACGCCAAAGUCGUCCUUGUGAGGAGAGACUUCGAUAAGUGGUUCAAAAGUGUUGAUGAAGUGGUGAUUACGGGGCUAUGGAGCCCGCUCGCCCAAUUAUUCGCCUGUGCCGUACAGCCACUCCUGGGCUCGUCGACUGUCACGGCAAUGAGGAAGGUCGUGCUAGGGUUUUUCGAAGCGAAGGAUAUUGAGGAGAUACGCAAGAAUCCGCGGGCUGCGUAUGACCGACACCAUCGAGAGAUAGAGGAGGUGGUACCGCCAGGCCAGCUGCUCCAUUACAAGAUGGGCGACGGCUGGGAACCCCUUUGCGAGUUCCUGGGAAAGCCGGUGCCUGACAUGGAGUUUCCAUGGGUCAACGAGACCGCUGAGCUGAAGAAGAAGAAUGUCAAGAUAUUCCUAUCUGCUUUGUCGGCGGCAGGGAUGGUACUGCUUCCGUGGGGGGUUGGGGCCGGGGCCAUAGGAGUCGCUUCGUGGAUGAUGGUGAAGAAGUCUGGUAUUCUGAGCUAG